AUGGAUAAGAACAAGAACACAAACAUAGAUAAGACAGAGAAGGAGACUAGAAAUGCAGCUCAAAGAGCCACACCUAGGAAUCACCAGACAAAUGAGAAAUACUCCACCAUAAAAGCCCGUCUCGUAGAGAGGAAAAGGGAAAAAAACCUGAAAGGAAACCCCAAGCAUCAGUGCCAAGAACAAAAGCCCAACGGCCGGGGCUGCUCGGCAGCGGGAGGCGUGUGCGCGGUGCCUCCGCCAGCAGGUGGGCUGCAGCAGCCCGCGCAGGGGCUCAGCUUCCUGUGGCGCCAGCAGAUGAGCGGAGCCGGCGGAGGUGACUGCUUCUUGCCUUGUGGCCUUCCCCGUCCCAGCGCCACCCAGGCGAGCAAGAUGAAGUGGAGGCGGAUUGCAGUCUUUGCCGUCUCGCAGGCUCAGUUCCCAGUCACAGGUGCUGUGCCAGUUCUUGGCCUGACGGACCCGAGACUCUGCUAUAUACUGGAUGGAUUCCUCUUCAUUUACGCAGUCGUCAUUACAGCCCUGUUUGUGAAAGCAAAGCUUAGCCAGGCCUCUGAACCCCUGCUACAACCAGGCCAGGAUGAUGUGUACAAUAAACUGUCUCGUGGCCACAGAGAUGAGUACGACGUCCUGGGGGCCAAGCGAGGUGCAGACCCUGAGCUCGGUGGCAGACACCAGCAGAGAAGAAAGAACCCACAGGACACUCUCUACACUUCCCUGCAGAAGGACAAGAUGGGUGAGGCCUACAGUGAGAUCGGAAUGAAGGGGGAGCAGCAGCGGCGGCGAGGCAAAGGCAACGAAGGUGUCUACCAGGGACUCAGUGCAGCGACCAAGGACACUUACGAUGCUCUUCAGAUGCAGCCUUUGCCUCCUCGCUAAGUGGGAGUCACAGAGGAGAUGGGCAAGAGAGAGGCCCACUUGCUUUGGGGAGGAGGGAAAGCCUUCUUCAUCUAAACCAAGUGUUAUUUUCUCAGUGCAACAACCUGUUUCGGUUGGUGCACAGAGGGAGUAUGUCUGGACUUGCUCAUCCCCUCUCCCAUCUGCCAUGUGAGGAACCUGCGAGCCUUAGCUAUGAAAAUGUACAUAAUUGUAAAGUUGUUUGCAGUGAGAGCGACCACAGGGCUGGUGUUUGUAAGAGCUGUGUCGUGGGACCAGGCCACAGCUGUGCUCAGAGCUCUCACCUGCCCUCCUGACAGGCAAUGGUGGCUUCAUUGCAGCUAAAGAACUUGUACAGAUAGGGUUCUGGUUGCUUCCUGUGGUAUUUAUCUUCCCGCUAUUUGACACAGGCCAGCUAAGCAGUUUGCUUUCAUUUUGCCUUUAAAGAAGUGCUUUAGUGGAGGACAAGUCUUUUUCUUUGACUGCAAAACGUGAUGUGAUGUUCCUGUAGUGAGGAGGGAGGCUGAAAGCCAGCCUUACGCUACAAAGCAAGCGGCUCAGGCGGCAGCAGUGCCACUCCUCAAGCACCUGGAGAUAAAUAAGGUAACCUGCAUGAGACUUCUUGAAGAAGAUACUCCCCAUUCGAACAAAACCAGGGAGAAUGGUCUCUCAUAAAGACUGCAACACUGGAAAAGCAAAACACAGCACCAAUUUGGCUGAAGGGUUUGGCUGAAACGUCUGACCCCUUAUAUUAGCAACCCUUGUAAUGGCAGGAACAGACCAAAACUUUCCACCUCUGGGCAGCAGAAACUGUACAAAAGGCAAUGGCAAUGCAGUUACCACACUGUCAUCAGGUUACCUUUAAAGGGUGGUGCAGGUAUGGUUCCAAAGGCAUCCUGGUUCAGUCAUGUAAUGCAUGUUUGGUGAACUAAUAAAGUGAGUGUCAAGGA